UUCAAAAGUUUUGCAUGUGAACAAGAUGUCCAUGAAAUGGCUCUCACUUUUGCUGCUGCUGCAGCUGAACUGCUACUUUAGCUCUGGGAGUUGUGGGAAGGUGCUCGUGUGGCCAGUGGAAUAUAGUCAUUGGAUUAAUAUGAAUACAAUUCUGGAUGAACUUAUCACGAGGGGUCAUGAGGUGACUGUCCUGAUAUCUUCAGCUUCCAUUUUUAUUAAUCCCAAUACACAAUCUUCUAUUAAAUUUGAGAUUUUUCCAACACUUUUAACUAAAGAUAAUUUUAAGUAUAUUUUCAAGCAUUUGCUUGAAAAAUGGAUUAAUUUUGCAAAAGAUUCAUUUUGGACUUACUUUUCAACAGUGCAAAGUACGUUUUUGGAAUUUUCUGAUAUUCUUAUCACAGGCUGUAAAGAUCUUGUUUCGAACAAGAAACUUAUGACAAAACUACAUGAAUCAAGGUUUGACGUCGUUCUUGCAGAUGCCAUUGGGCCCUGUGGUGAGCUGCUGGCUGAGAUACUUCAAAUCCCAUUAGUGUACAGUCUCCGCUUCUCUCCGGGCUUUUUACUGGAGAAGUAUGGUGGAAAACUUCCACUCCCACCAUCCUACGUACCGGUUAUCAUGUCAGAAUUAGGUGAUCAAAUGACAUUCAUGGAGAGGGUGAAAAAUAUGAUGUACGUACUUUACUUUGACUUUUGGUUCCAGACAUUUAAUGAGAAGAAGUGGAAUCAGUUUUACAGUGAAGUACUAGGAAGACCCACUACAUUAUUUGAGACAAUUGGGAAAGCUGACAUGUGGCUCAUUCGAACCUUUUGGGAUUUUGAAUUCCCUCACCCAUUGCUACCAAAUUUUGAAUUUGUAGGAGGCCUCCACUGCAGACCUGCUAAACCUUUGCCUAUGGAAAUGGAAGAGUUUGUCCAGAGCUCAGGAGAAGAUGGUAUUGUGGUGUUUACUUUGGGGUCAAUUGUCACUAACAUAACAGAAGAAAGAGCCAAUAUGAUUGCAUCAGCCCUUGCCCAGAUUCCACAAAAGGUUCUUUGGAGAUUCAACGGCAAGAAACCAGAUACCUUAGGACCCAAUACUCGGCUGUAUAAGUGGAUCCCCCAGAACGACCUUCUUGGUCAUCCAAAAACCAAAGCUUUUAUAACUCAUGGUGGAACCAACGGCAUUUAUGAGGCCAUCUACCACGGGAUCCCUAUGGUGGGCAUUCCUUUGUUUGCUGACCAACCCGAUAACAUCGCUCGCAUGACAGUCAAGGGGGCAGCUGUCAGGCUGGACUUCAGUAAAAUGUCAACAACAGAUUUGCUCAAUGCAUUGAACCAAGUCAUUAAUAAUCCUUCCUACAAACAGAAUGCUAUGAGGUUAUCAACCAUUCAACACGAUCAACCUAUAAAGCCCCUGGACCGAGCAGUCUUCUGGAUCGAGUUUGUCAUGCGCCACAAAGGAGCCAAGCACCUGCGGCCAGCCGCUCACGACCUCACCUGGUGCCAGUACCACUCUCUGGAUGUGACUGGGUUCCUGCUGGUCUGUGUGGCAGUUGCUCUCUUUGUCAUCACAAAAUGUUGUCUGUUUUGCUGCAAGAAAUUUCCUAUACCAGGAAAGAAGGAAAAAAGGGAGUAGCUUUAUCUGAGGCCUGAAGCAGGAACACCCCAUACAUGGAUCUGUUUCAGUUGAUUCCAGCAAGAAGGAGUUAUGAUGAGGUUCCUGUCCUCCUGUGACAAAAGGACUUUUCACAAUUUAGCAUCAAAGAUCAAAAUUUGCUUUCAAGGGAUUUUCUUCCUGCUUAAGAGUUAGAAAUACGUCAUGCCAAGAGAAAAGCUAAUGAGAUAUUAAAAAAAAAUAAAACUAUAAGGGUAUAUAUUGAAAUUUAUCAUUUUAAUUCAAAAUUUUACUAAAAAGAAAUUGAGUUUAACUGUGUUUCACAGGGUGUGCAUAUACACAAUAAAAUACAAAGUCUAUAUUUUCCAUAUUAUAUUUGAGGAUAUUCUGAAAAUUUUAACUUUAUUUUAUUGUAGAAUUUUAUACUUUUAUCUUACUACAGAAGUGUUCAAUAAUUGGAAUUGUGAAAAAGAUUCACCCUUCCAUUUCAUUUGCGAGACCACUAACACUUCUUGGUUUUUACUGUGCAUCCAGCCUCAGAAUCACUUCUUACCUAAAGCCAUGGCAAGUCAUUUACAUUUAUGCAGGUUAAGUCAUGUCCCAGUAAAAUGUCUGUGGAAUUAGGAAUACAGCAACUGCUACCUGCUUCCUAUUAUAAAACUGAGCUAUUUGUGAAAAGCCUUGAUAUAUGACUGAGUUUUCUUUUUCUCCUUAACUUUAAAAAUAUUCACCUGAUCUCUUUUACUCCCAUAUUCACUCAGCCUCUGGUAAUAAGAUUUAAGUUUUCUACUGUAAGAAAAUAUUUAACUUGUACUCUAAAGGGACUUACUGAAUUUUCAUUCUCUCCAAAUAUACCUGAAUAUAUCUAUAUGUGCUAUCUAUAUCUAUAUCUGUAUAUAUUCUUACAAAACAAGACACAGCAUCACUUACCUACUUGCAGAUAUGGUAUGAAAUUUAAUGUGUUCAUUGAACACACACUGAAAUAAUGGCUUUUAUUCUAUGGUACCACAUUUUAGAUCGUGUGUCAAUCUUUUGCCUCUUUCCUCAUUAGCCUAUUGCCCCAUCCCUCCCAUAAACAUUCAAUAUGUCAUCAUGACAAAAAAAUAAUACAGACAUCAUUUUCUUUAAACCUAGGCCCACCAUGACUGACAUAAUCAGGAACAAUGAGCAGGAUACAGAAAUUACAUACAUUUUAUGGAAAACUGGUAAAUCAAAUGAAAGCAAUCUGAAGGCACUCUUGAAAACUGCGUGUCCUGAAAGGACUUUAUAUCAAAGUGGUCCAGGAGAUGAAAUGCAUACUUGUCUUAUUGGUCAAAACCACCACUCAAUAAAUUGUAUUCCAUUGUGUAUAUAUGCUACAUCUUCUUUAUCCAUUCAUCUAUUGAUGUGCACUUAGGAUGCUUCCAUGUCUUGGCAAUUAUAAAAAAUACUGCUGUUUAUAGUGAGGAGUAUGCAUCUUUUUGAAUUAAUGUUUUCAUUUUUCUCAGGUCUAUGCCCAGGAGUGGAAUUGCUGGGCCAUAUGGUGGUUCUGUUUUGGGUUUUUGAGAAACCUCUAUAUUGUUUUCCAUGGUGGCUGCACCGCUUUACAUUCCCACCCACAGUGGACAGGGAUUCUCUUUUCUCCACAUCCUUGCCAAUAUUUGUUAUUUGUGUGCUUUUUGACGGUGGCCAUUCUGACAGAUGUAAGAUGGUGUCUCACUGUGAUUUUGAUUUGCAUUUCCCUGAUACUGGUGAUGUUUCAUGCUCCUGUUGGCCAUCUGCAUUUCCUCUUUUGGAAAAAUGUCUGUUCAAUUCUUCUGCCCAUAUUUUAAAUGGGUUGUUUGCUUUUUUAAUUGAAGUACAGUUGAUUUAAAAAGUUGUAUUAGCUUCUGGUGUCCAGCAUGGAUGAACUUGGAGGGCAUUAUACUAAGUGAAAUAAGUCAGACAGAGAAAAACAAAUACUGUAAGAUACCACAUACAUGUGGAAUCUAAAAAAAUACAACAAACUAGUGAAUAUAACAGAAAAGAAACAGACUCACAGAUGUAGAGAAGGAACUAGUGGUUACCAGUGGGGAGAGGGUAGGGGGUGGGAAAAGAUAGAGGUGAAGGAUUAAGAGGUACAAACUAUCAGGUAUAAAAUAAGCUAUAAGGAUGUAUUGUACAACAUGGGGAAUAUAGCCAAUAUUUUAUAAUAACUAGAAUACAACUUUUAAAAGUUGUGAACCACUAUAUUGUAUACCUGUAACAUAACAUUGUACAUCAACUGUACUUCAAUUUUAAAAAUCUAUUGUAAAAUAAAUACACAAAUAAAGUUAAAGAAAAAAAACACUGAAAUCAUAUGACAAAUAUUCUCCAGCCUGAGACAUAAUUUAUUUUAAAACAAAUUAAACUAUGGAUGCUUGGGCAAUUACAGGAAAAAUUUACCACAGAAGUUUCCAUACAAACCCUGUACAAAACUGACACAUUUUUAAAGAAAAAUAGAACUAAUAUGGUGCCAUAUAGAUAAUAUUGUUAAAUCAUGCAUAUAGUCUUAAAUCAUUUUUCUCUAAUCUAUCCUGCAACAUAUGUAACUAAAAAAGGAUUGGUAGUCAUUGUACAGUGAGAACUACUACAAAUCUCCAAUGAAAAUAAACAAGUCCAACGUGAAAAUGAAUGAAGGAUACGAACAACAAAUUCACAGAAGUGAAGUAGCUAACUACAUACAAACCCUCAAUUUGUCAAAAAACACAAUACCUGUAAAGCGCAAUAAAGCAAAGCACGGUGAAACAAGAUAUGUCUGUAUCGCAAAGCCGAAUUUGGAGCUGAGACACAAUAAACUGAAAACUGGUAAAGCAGACAAUA